AUGGCGACUGUUCAAGUAUACCCCGGCCAGACGGUUGCGCCAAACGUAUUCCUGGACAACAAGACCGAGGUCGUGGUGUCGUCCAAGUACGUUCCAGAGCCCGAGCUCGACCCCAACACUGUUGGGUCCGACGAUGAUCAGAAUCACCUCGUCGUGUCGGCGUACACCGAGAAGGAGCAUCUUCUCGAUCUGCGGAGCCUGGAUACGGAGAACGCCCUGCUUGCCCAGGCACUCGUACACUUCAGGAGCCUGCGCCCAGACUAUGCGACUGCUCCGUACAUAGACACGUUCAAUUGGACGCAGGUCAUGGCAGAGCUAGAGAGGCUGACCCGCAGCCAAAAUCACCAAUGGAAGGAGACUUCCUUCUACAUUGUUGCGUUCCGCUCUCAGAUCCCACCGACUACGGUGUACUCCGAGCUUGGGGCGCUGGACAAGGCGGCCCACGCGGAGGCGACAGCCAGCGGCGGGUUCCUCAAGUAUUGGUUCGGAACGCCUGAUAAGGACGGCCGGAACCUGGCCACUUGCGUAUGGCGCUCUCAAGAGGAUGCAAGGAAAGGAGGAGUUGGGCCGGCACAUCGCAAAGCUGCGGGUGCGGCUCGUCACCUGUACACCGACUGGAAAAUCGACAGACAUCGCCUUAUCAUUCGAGACGGCCUGCAGAGCUGGGAGAUUGUCGACUGGUCGAGCUGA